AUGAACGUUACAUACGAUGCCUCCGGCGACCUAGUGUCGACGUUGUCAGACGGUACCACCGCCGUCUACAACCUGGGCGAUAUUGCGUGGAUUGUCACCGCAAUGGCCCUUGUUUGGAUCAUGAUCCCCGGUGUCGGUCUCUUCUACUCUGGUCUUUUGCGCCGCAAAAACGCUCUUUCUAUGAUCUUCCUGUCCAUGGCGGGUGUCGGUGUCGGCUCCUUCCAGUGGUUCUUCUGGGGUUACUCGCUUGCCUUUGCCGACAACGCCUCUGCUUUCAUCGGAACCCUCCGUUACUUCUGUCUCAACAAUGUGCUUGACGCACCCUCGAUCGGCUCGUCGCGCAUCCCUGCUCUUCUCUUCUGCAUCUACCAGUGCAUGUUCGCCAUCAUCACCGUGGUCCUCGCGUGCGGUGGCUUUGCCGAGCGCGCAAAGCUCGGCCCCGUCCUCGUCUUCAUGUUUGUGUGGUUGACCAUUGUCUACUGCCCCAUUGCGUGCUGGACCUGGAACUCGAACGGCUGGACCUUUAUCCUCGGCGGCCUCGACUUUGCCGGCGGUACCCCCGUCCACAUUUCUUCCGGUACCGCUGCCCUCGCCAUUUCCGUCUACCUCGGCAAGCGUCGCGGAUGGGGCACUGAGCGCCUCGCCUACAAGCCCCACAACACUUCGUUUGUCGUCAUCGGCACUGUCCUCCUCUGGUUUGGCUGGUUUGGCUUCAACGGCGGUUCGGCGCUCUCGGCCAACCUCCGCGCCAUCCAGGCCUGCAUCGUCACCAACCUCGCUGCUUCUGUCGGCGGUCUUACCUGGAUGAUCAUUGACUGGCGCCUCGAGCGCAAGUGGUCGGCCGUUGGUUUCUGCUCGGGCGCCAUCUCGGGCCUUGUCGGUAUCACCCCCGCUUCGGGCUUUGUGGGCUCGCCCGCCGCCGUCGCCAUUGGCGUCGUCACCGCUGCCGGCUGUAACUUUGCCACCAAGCUCAAGUACGUCAUCAACGUCGACGACACCCUCGAUGUGUUUGCCUCGCACGGCGUCGGCGGCUUCAUCGGCUGUGUCCUCACUGGUCUCUUUGCCGACUCGCGCGUCGCUGGCUUUGACGGCCUCACCGAGAUCCCCGGCGGCUGGAUCAACCACAACUACAUCCAGCUCGGCUACCAGCUCGCCGACGCCACCUCGGGCAUGGCCUACUCGUUCGUCAUGACCUCGAUCAUCCUCUGGAUCAUGCACUUUAUCCCCGGCCUCAACCUUCGUUGCGACGAAGAGGCCGAGAUUGUCGGCAUGGACGAGGCCUUUGUCGGCGAGUUUUACGUCGACUUUGUCGGCGCCGACCCCGAGCUUCGUCUCCACCGCGUUCCCUCCAGCCCCAUCGAGAUGCCCGCCAUGCGCACCUCUGCCGAGCAGACCAAGAUUGGCGAGGGCGAAGAGCACCCGGCCGAGAAAAUCGAGGCUGCUCCCUCGGCAUCCUCGACACAGUAG